CGCCCCGAAAACCUGCCUGGGCGCGCCGUGCUUCCCUGACCGGCCUGAGACAACCGUUGGCUCCCUCCGGUGAAAGCCAGCCAGUGUGUUCUAAGAAGCUUUGUGCACCCGGUAUUGGGAUUUCGGCUCCAAGCUGUGAAGAAUUUCGAAGUCUGGAAAAUAGCGAGUGUGCUUGUUUCUAUAGGAUCUGCUCCCAGCCUAGCAUUGCAAACCACAAUGAAGAACCAAGACAAAAAGAAUGGGGCUGCUAAGCAGUCUGGCAACACUUCCAACCCAAAAACCAACCCGGGGCAAGCGGAAGCAGGACCAGAGGGAACCCAGGGGCGGCCCAGCCAGCCGGCUCCUGCGACAGAAGCCGAAGGUUCCUCCAGCCAGGCUCCGGGGAAGACUGAGGGAGCACAAGCCAAAACUGCUCAGUCUGGGCCCCUCCGUGAUGUCUCUGAGGAGCUGAGCCGCCAGUUGGAAGACAUCCUGAGUACAUACUGUGUGGACAACAAUCAGGGGGGCCCAGGUGAGGAUGGGGCACAGGGUGAGCCUGCUGAACCCGAAGAUGCAGACAAGUCCCGGACCUAUGCUUCGCGGAAUGGGGAGCCUGAGCCAGAGACCCCGGUAGUCAAUGGUGAGAAGGAGACCUCCAAGGGGGAGCCGGGCACAGAUGAGAUCCGGGCAAGUGACGAGGUCGGAGACCGAGAUCACCGAAGGCCCCAGGAGAAGAAGAAAGCCAAGGGUCUGGGGAAGGAGAUCACGUUGCUGAUGCAGACACUGAACACGCUGAGCACCCCAGAGGAGAAGCUCGCAGCUCUGUGCAAGAAGUAUGCCGAACUGCUGGAGGAGCACCGGAACUCCCAGAAGCAGAUGAAGCUGCUGCAGAAGAAGCAGAGCCAGCUGGUGCAGGAGAAGGACCACCUGCGUGGGGAGCACAGCAAGGCCGUCCUGGCCCGCAGCAAGCUGGAGAGCCUGUGCCGUGAGCUCCAGCGUCACAACCGCUCACUCAAGGAAGAAGGCGUGCAGCGGGCCCGGGAGGAAGAGGAGAAACGCAAGGAGGUGACCUCACACUUCCAGGUGACGCUGAACGACAUUCAGCUGCAGAUGGAACAGCACAAUGAGCGUAACUCCAAGCUGCGCCAGGAGAACAUGGAGCUGGCAGAGAGGCUCAAGAAGCUGAUCGAGCAGUACGAGCUCCGGGAGGAGCAUAUCGACAAAGUCUUCAAACACAAGGACCUGCAGCAGCAGCUGGUGGAUGCCAAGCUCCAGCAGGCCCAAGAGAUGCUGAAAGAGGCAGAGGAGAGGCACCAGCGGGAGAAGGAUUUUCUCCUCAAAGAGGCAGUGGAGUCCCAGAGGAUGUGCGAGCUGAUGAAGCAGCAGGAGACCCACCUGAAGCAGCAGCUGGCCCUAUACACAGAGAAGUUUGAGGAAUUCCAGAACACUCUUUCCAAAAGCAGUGAGGUGUUCACCACAUUCAAACAGGAGAUGGAGAAGAUGACCAAGAAGAUCAAGAAGCUGGAGAAAGAAACCACCAUGUACCGGUCCCGGUGGGAAAGCAGCAACAAGGCCCUGCUUGAGAUGGCUGAGGAGAAAACACUCCGGGACAAAGAGCUGGAGGGCCUACAGGUGAAAAUCCAGCGGCUGGAGAAACUGUGCCGGGCGCUGCAGACAGAGCGCAACGACCUGAACAAAAGGGUACAGGACCUGAGUGCUGGUGGCCAGGGCUCCCUCCCUGAUGGCGGCCCUGAGCGAAGACCAGAGGGUCCUGGGGCCCAGUCACCGAGCUCCCCGAGGGUCACAGAAGCUCCUUGCUGCCCUGGAGCAGCAAGCACAGAAACGCCCGGCCAAGCGGGGCCCCAGGAGUCCACCUCCACCACUGCCUAGGGAACCUGGCACAGGGGGCGUGCUGGGAACGGAGCAAGCAGCCCAGCCAGGCCUGGCCCAGGCAAGGCUCCCACUGCUAGGCAGUCCAGUGCUGAGGCUCAGGGUGCUCCGACCUGGCUGACAUCUGACACUUCGCAGUUUUGGAUUUUGUGGGUCAGUUUUCCAUGCAUAUGGUAUAUGUGCAAGGCCUCCUACAUUUCUAUAUCUAAGUGGAACAUGGGCUUGCACUGGAGGUGGGGGUGUGCACGGGUGAAGUCACUGGCUCUUCUGUGAGCUGAAGAGUCUUAAAGAGGAGCUGCCAUCUGUAACUGCUGUCACAGUGAGCUGGCAGGACAAGUGACUUGAGCAUUCCCCUGUCUGACUUGAGGCUCAGAUCCCCCCCUUCCUGCCCUUCAGGCCUUGUGACAAGUGACACACUCAGGCCUUGACUGUGUUUCCCUAGUUAGCAGGGCUUGGGCAGCUCUGGCUCUCCUAGCUCCCCUGGAAGUUCCUUUGCUUCUCUUAACCUGGAGAAGGGGGUCCCUGGGCAGGGCCUGCAGAGCUGGCGAUCCAGCUGCUGUCCUGCUUUGGACGGGGGACCUGGAGAAAGUUGCUGUGGGCUGGUACAUGGUUAGGGAGCCCUCAGGUGAUGCCAGGACCAGGCCGGCGAUGCUUUUCAGUAGCCUUAUCAUUCACAGGUGCCUCUCUAGCCUGCACAAAUGAUUGACAAGAGAUCACCCAAAGGAUGCUUUCUGAA